AGGGGAGGGAUCAUUUGGCCUUCAUAAGAGGCCAGAAAGAGUAGGAAGUACAGAGUAGACAGUACAGAGGGAGCUACUUGGAGCAGAUAACAGAGCCACACUUUUCAGGAUAUACACACAACAUUUAAACAUGGGUACAUACGGAUCCAGGGCUCAGAAACAAGCACAGGUCCUCAUGCUGGGCCUGGACGGGUCAGGAAAGACAACUUUGCUCUACAAACUCAAGUACAACGAGAGCGUGGUGACCGUGCCGACCGUGGGUUUCAAUGUGGAGACGCUGGACACAGACAGGAGCAGCCCGAGACUGACGGUGUGGGACGUGGGAGGCCAGAGGAGGAUGAGGCCCCACUGGAGGCAUCACUACACAGACACAGCCGGUCUGGUGUUCGUGGUGGACAGUUCGGACGAGAGGCGGCUGAACGAGGCCCGCAAAGAACUCCAUCGGGUCCUGAGGUAUGACAGUCUCAAAGACGUCCCUGUCGUGGUCCUCGCCAACAAACAGGACCUUCCUGGUGCACUGAACCCAGAGGAACUGUGCCUGAAACUGGACCUGAGGCGAGUGUGUGAGGGCAGAGCUUGGUUCAUCCAGCCCUGCUCAGCCACCACCGGCAUGGGGCUGGAGGAAGGUUUCAGGAGGAUAGUCUAUCUGAUGAAGACGCCACUGAAACAGACUCAAGAGGACAUUAAGGUGAAGAUGAGGUCUAAAGGCUUCAGUAUCACGGCCAUGAAGCAGGCUUUGCUCUGCGGCAGUUGAUGGAUGAACUCUUUUUCGCUUAUUUCGUGACACGUGGAGGAUUUCUUCUCGUCUGCUUGUGCAACUCAUCUGGAAAUGGCCAAACUGGGGCGUCUAUGAGGUCAGAGGAUGAUACAAGCACAGAGAUUACCGUUAAUCAAUGUGGUAUUCUAAGAGAAUCAGAGGGUCUUUGGACAGUGAUGAUAAACCAAACUAAUUCUGUAGGAAAUCUUGGAUUAUCAGUCUAACAGAGUCAAUAGUGCACAUGGAAACUUAAUAGCAAAUAGAGUUUGGACAUGUUCCUGAAAGGAAUGCUUUUCCAACUGUGCAUUAUCUAUUUUUCUUUAUUUCUUAUUGUAUUAUUCUUAAUUUAAGAAUAUUAAACUAUGAAUUUGUUACUAUUUCAUACGGUCUAUAUGUAUUUAUUUAUUUAUUUGAAAUGACACUACCAUUGUUAUCUCACCAUGUGUAAUGUCAAAUGCAAAGGUUCUGUUAAGAAACACAAAACCUGAUCAUAUAAUGUGUAAGAAUAUAUAUGUACAUGAUAUGACUGUGACAUACAGUAUUCAAAUCUGUCAACUUGUGUUUUGAGGAUGUGUGUUAAAAACUGCGCUCUUCCACUAUUUAUUGUCUAUUUGUUGUUUCUGAAAUAAAAAAUAUCUGUAUUUGAA